CUUGGAUUAAUAAUUUGUUGGCUUCGCUUAUUGUAUAAUAGACCAUAGAAAGCGCAAAAUUUGCAGUGUUUUAAGAAUCUGGUAAAAGCAAGGAAACGCAAUAAAAGUCUUCCAUCAAUCACUGCGCGUCUGAAAUUGCAGACUUCUUUUGUUUAAAAAAAAAAAAAAAAAACUCCUCCUCCGAUCCUGUCCAGUCGGCUCUGUUACAAAAAGCCAGCACCACCACCACUACCCCCCCUGUCCUGUUCUUUUCUGCUCUCCCAAACUCAGAUUUUAUCAGUUCAUUAUCACACGCUCUUAACUUGGUUGGUUCAACCCACGAGCCUUGGAUUGUUUGAUAUUUUGUGUAAGUGAGAAGGGCAGGCAAAGCAAAGGAAAUGGCAAGUAUAGACAUUGAUGGAAUCUUGAAGGAGCUUCCGAACGAUGGUCGUGUCCCAAAAACCAAGAUCGUUUGUACUCUCGGGCCCGCUUCACGUUCUGUAACCAUGAUAGAGAAGCUGCUGAGGGCUGGGAUGACUGUUGCUCGUUUCAAUUUCUCUCAUGGCAGCCACGAGUACCAUCAAGAGACCUUGAACAAUCUCAGGGCCGCUAUGCAAAAUACCGGCAUCCUCUGCGCCGUCAUGCUUGACACCAAGGGACCUGAGAUUCGAACUGGAUUCCUAAAGGAUGGGAAACCUGUUCAACUGAAGGAAGGCCAGGAAAUUACUGUGACUACUGACUAUGAUAUCAAGGGGGAUGAGAAGAUGAUCUCCAUGAGCUACAAAAAGUUGGCUGUUGAUCUGAAGCCUGGAAAUACCAUUUUGUGUGCAGAUGGUACAAUCACACUAACAGUGUUAUCCUGUGAUCCUGCUGCUGGGACUGUGAGGUGCCGCUGUGAAAACACUGCAAUGAUUGGUGAGAGGAAAAAUGUCAACCUUCCUGGUAUUGUGGUGGAUCUUCCCACACUCACUGAGAAGGAUAAAGAAGACAUCUUGGGAUGGGGAGUCCCCAACAGUAUUGAUAUGAUUGCUCUUUCAUUUGUACGCAAAGGUUCUGACCUUGUUAAUGUCCGUAAGGUCCUUGGUCCCCAUGCAAAGCAGAUUCAAUUGAUGUCGAAGGUUGAGAACCAGGAGGGUGUCAUCAACUUUGAUGAGAUCUUGCGUGAGACUGAUGCAUUUAUGGUCGCCCGCGGUGAUCUUGGAAUGGAGAUUCCAGUGGAGAAGAUCUUCCUAGCACAAAAGAUGAUGAUAUACAAGUGUAAUCUUGCAGGCAAGCCUGUUGUUACUGCCACUCAAAUGCUUGAAUCUAUGAUUAAGUCUCCAAGGCCAACCCGUGCUGAAGCUACUGAUGUCGCUAAUGCUGUACUUGAUGGUACUGAUUGUGUCAUGCUCAGUGGUGAGAGUGCAGCUGGGUCCUAUCCAGAGCUUGCUGUGAAGAUUAUGGCUCGAAUUUGUAUCGAGGCAGAAUCCUCCCUUGACUAUGGAGCAAUCUUUAAAGAAAUGGUUCGUUCAACUCCACUUCCAAUGAGCCCAUUGGAAAGUCUUGCAUCCUCAGCCGUACAAACAGCUAACAAGGCUAAAGCUAAACUCAUUGUUGUUUUAACUCGUGGUGGAACAACAGCCAAGUUGGUUGCCAAGUACAGACCAGCAGUUCCUAUCCUAUCCGUGGUUGUCCCAGUCUUGACAACUGAUUCAUUUGAUUGGACCUGCAGUGACGAAAGGCCGGCAAGGCAUAGCCUGAUAUAUAGGGGCUUGGUUCCUCUACUGGCAGAAGGCUCAGCUAAGGCAACUGAUGCAGAAUCAACAGAGGUUAUCUUGGAAGCAGCUUUGAAGUCAGCCACAGAGAAGGGUUUGUGCAAGCCUGGUGAUGCCGUUGUUGCACUUCACCGUAUUGGUGCUGCUUCUGUUAUUAAGAUCUGCAUAGUGAAGUGAUGUAGAGAUAUGCAGCAUCCAUUGAUCUUUCAAAGGUGGUUAUUUAUAUUUGCUUUCAUGGUCUUUUAUGAUUGUUAUAUUAUGCCAGUUCAAUUUUAGUAGAGGAUUCAGCCGAGACCUAUUGUCCUGAGCUAUUGAUAUAGGAUUCUAUUUUGUUUGUUUCGCUUAAAUUAUGUUGUGUGUGAUGAUGGAUUUCAUCAUGCAGCCUGGUAUAAAAUAACAAGAAGGGGUUGAAUA